UUUUUUAUAAAUUUUUCCAAAGCAUCUUUCAUUUGGGCUGAGGUACACUCUGAGAGAAAAAAAAAAUGGUAUUUAUAGGUUUUUAAUAAGAAUUGACAGUUCUGUGCACUUAGCACAAAUUUCUGCUUUAUGCAGAUUUAUAAAAUGAAUGCAAUAGAGGAAGAUAGGAGUUCCAUAAGUUUUGCGAGGAAUAAAAUGAACUCCUCGAAUGAUGGUGACACAAGCAAUAGUAUGGUAAAUCUGAGGUAUUCAAAAAAGGAAACAUCUGAUGUGCAAAGAAUUUCCCUAACUGUAGAACAGCCUGAGCUUCGUAGAAUAAGUGGUGGCAGUAUGAGGGAGCAUAGACAAAAACACAGUCCUUCUCUUCAUGUAGAAUCUAUAAAUGUGGAUGUUAAAAUGUCACCAAAUCUGACUGUCAGACGGUAAGCUACAUUUAUCUAUGGUUGGGUUUUUACAAUUAUAAAUAAUUAAAUUUCUUCACAGAAACAAUAAGGAGUCCCUUGUUCUUUAUGUUUGAAAUAGUUCUUCCAAUGGUUUGAUUCAACUAGACAUACCUAAUUUUUUUCUUGAGUUCCACGAACCAUUUUUUAAGUAAUGGAAAUAUCUUAAUAACGGUUUUAUUUAUUUUUUAUCAGGUAUGGAACAACUUUCUUAUAGCUUAAUCUAGUUUAAUGUACCGCUGUUAUUGUCCAACUGCAGGGGGAAAAAACAACAUUUUGGUAUAUCGUUUUUAUUUAAUUAAAAUUAGGUGAGAUCACUAAUGAGUUCUACCAAUAUGAUAUAACAAUUUUUACAAUGCCUCUACUUAACAAUGUUAAAAUUUUUCUUCUUGGAACUGGGCAACAAUUUGUUAAGUGCAUUUGUUGCACCAAGUUUUAAAAUAGAAAAGGCAUGUGUAAAAAUUGUGUAACUUUAUUUAUAAUUCACAAUGUCAUUCACAUUCAGACCGCUGCAAUAAAUGUAAAUGAAGUAAAUGGUAAUUGAUAAAAAAAAAGUUGGCUAAUAUGAAGAAAAACAUAUUUUUUAGAUCCUUAAAACACAAUUUUCUUUCACAACCCAGAAAUAAUACUAAAAUACCAGCCGUAAUGUUUUCACUCAAUUGUCAUUUGAUUUAUGACUAAAUCACUCAACUUUCUAUGUACAAGACUAACAUUUGAUAAUAAACAUAUAAAAGGAGGCAGCUCGUCUGGUGUUAUGUAGUGCAUAAGAUGUUAACUGAAUUAAGGCUGUCAUAAUCUUUUGAUUAUUACACCAUCAAAUCACAUUUUUUGUACAACAAAUUCUUUUACAACACAGCAACCACAUUUCAGUGGCAUAUUUUCAUUUUUGGUGCAAUUCAUUUAGAUAAGGCCUGUAACAUAUGUAGUCUGUUCCAAAAAAUAAUUAUUUUAUUUUACAUCUUAAUAAUAAGUCUUCAAACUGUGAUGUGAGUCCAUGUAAACGGUUUCUAGUCAGUGUGUCUACAUCAUUGAAUAGACUUUAACAACUCUGGAUUCCUGAGUGUGGAAAUAGCUGUUGAUGACGGCAAUUUUUUAAAAUUUAAUUUUUGGGUUAUACUGAAAAAAAAAGAACUCCUUUUGAUUCAUACAUAUGAUUAUGUGGGUAGAAAUAUAUUCAAAAUUUAUUUGAUGAUUGAUUAUAUAUAUAUAGCACUUGUGUCUAUGCUAUUCUAGCAUGCUAAAAGCGCUCUGAUGUCAUAAUCUCUAUUUAAAGAAAAAUGUCUUUAAAUGUCUCUUAAAUGAUUUUUUAUCCUUUUAAAAUCCCCCAAAGACUGAAGCAAACUGUUCCAUAAUUUAGAUGCUAUUGCUUCAAAAGAGCCCACACCAAAAGGCUUCUAUCUGUGUCCAUCCACACUGAAAACUCUAAGAAGGGACUGUGAUGAAGAGUGCAGCGUCUUUAAGGAUAUAUGUUUAGAAAUAAGUUCUUUAAGAUAUCCAGGUGCAGAGCCUCCCAUACAGCUAUAUGCCAAAAGACAGAAUUUUGUGGUUCAUAUGUUAAAGAUUUAAUUGUUAAAUGAAUCUGAAAAUCCUUUCUGAUUGGAUAUUAUUGUUAAAGCUGUUACAUUGGUAGAAAUUUUUUCGUUAAACACCAAGCUAGAUGGCUAGAAAAUACUGCAUUUUAUUCCAUAAUUCCGUUUCAAAGAACUGCCAAAGUUUCUCUCGUAUCUUAAAAUUAUGUUCAGUUCCUUUUUAUCACAUUUAUUUUCAGUCGCCGCUCCAAAGAUUUGAAUUCAAGUCAAGAAUCACUUUCUUCACCUGGGCCGCAGAGACCAUCAUCUAGAGCUAGUUCUACUGAUCUUAGAGAAAGGUGAGAAAUUAGUUCUAUUUUUUACCCCUUUAAUGUAAUAAAAGUAUGAUAUCUUUAAUUGCCUUGUACACAGUUUUCAAAACAAACAAAAUACAUUCAAAAGCUACUGUGAUGACGACAAGAAAAUGCAUCAUAUUGACUUGUUAAUGUUGUUUUAUAUUUAUUGAACUAGUGAUGAGGGGGUAAAAGAUGGAUCACCGUCACUGGAUUCUGCCAACUGCAGUCGAAGUGCAUCCCCAGACAAGCCACACAACACGUUUGAAUCACCGCCUGGAAGAAAUAGCUUCUCUGAUGGCGGAGACCACAGUCUUACAGAGUUUGGCACAAACAGUGGGAUGGGCUUGCUGCCCCAGUUGGAAAAGAGGCCCAGCUCAGCACAGGACUUUUAUGAGAUUAACAACAGCAACAGGAAUUCUCGGUCUUUUGAGAGAUCCUUGGAUAAUAUUCUAGGUGAGAUUAGGAAUACAACGUUGUCCUGCUACAUACCGCUAUACAAUAUAGAGAAUGUAAUCUCUUAUUUUACUCUGUGGCUCGUGUAAAGCGGUACAUAACAAAGGAUGAUACCAUUAAUUAAAUAAAGCCAUAAAGAGCGAUACCGAAACUAGGGCUAAUUACAAUUAAUAAUUUAUUAACUUAACUUUAUAAUAGAAAAAUCAAAUAUCAUAAAAUUAAGGCUAUUGACUUGCAGUUCAGCAAUGUACCGGUACAAUGUUGAAAAAGGUACACACAAACAGAGAGAGGAAAUAUUAAUAUACACAUCUUUGUCUGGUAUCGUAAUAGCAAAAGUCUAUUCACUCAUCCCUCACAUCUCAUAUUGUAAUAGCCAAUCUCUCUCUCAUAUUAUGUCGAUGGGCGUAUUUAUAGUCUUUUUAGAGACUUUUCCAGAAAUGCGUUCAGCAUUGUAUCAGUCCUCGACGUUCUAAAGGAUUCUAAUUAUAUAGACUAUAGACUGUAUUUACGUGUAAUCAAGGUCAAGGGAGACAAUUUUUAAUUAAGUCACACCCUGUCACGCUGCCAAACUUGGGGUCACCCAGAGUUCAUGCACGAGUUUCACAAUGUAAACAAAGACCCCUAUAAUAACAGUCCCUUCCAAAUAAAAUAAAAACACUUUGAACUAGAAAAUCGAUUUGAAUGAUUUUUUUAAUGAUUUUUUUGUGUAAGAUGUAAUGCUAUCGAAACUAAAUGUGCUUAAUAAGUGUUUUGGAAAUGUGAGGUUUUUAAGCUCAUGGUGUUAAAAAAAUCUGAUGUUUGAUUUGAAAUAAACAAAAUGAAAGUACACCCAACUUUUAAAGCUUCUCUAGUCAAUAGUUUGCAUUUAAAAUCAUUUUGCUAGUGUACCACAAUAUGAAAUGCCCUGUACCUGAAUUUUUUCAUAACGUAUUGUGAUGAAUUUUGAAAUGUAACUGUAUUUCCCUAAAUUUUAUUAUCAAAAAUAUGUAUGAAUGUACUAUUUUCAAUAGUGAAAUAAAAAUUAUUCUGAUUAAUUUAAUCAAAAUUUUUAUUUUUAACUUUUAGAUUUAAUUGUUAAUGUAAUACACAGACCCUAAGGGUGGGACCUUUUAACCUAUUACAUUUGGAUGGCUCCCCAAAUGUCCUCUAAUUGAAAUUUUAAGUUAUCAAAAUUGUUUAGGUUUUUUUUAAAUGAAAAUUAGGCAAUAGAAUAAAAAGAAAUGAAAAAUAAGAGAAGCUUGGUAAUUUAAAUUUUAUUCCCAGAAAAGAAAAGGACCACCACAUCUACAAGCGACUUUCUUUUUGAUAAUAUUGAUUCAUUUCAGCGUCUACCAGCAAUCUGCUAAAAUUUUGACUAUAUAGUGUGUGCUUGUUUAAUCAUGUCCAACAUUGUUUUUAUAUAAUUCUCAGUUUACUUAAUGUUCUAUUCAUGAAUAAUUAUGUAUAUUAAUGGUCUAUUACUAGACACAAUCUAACUUUGAUGCUUAUUCUAUACCAAGACUUUUGUCUUUAAACUUGCAGACUCUCUGCCCAAAGAAAUUUAUCAUUAGUUCUCAAAGAAAUUUAUCAUUAGUUUUCACUGAAUUUAUCUGAAUAUCUCACCACCUAUUUUCAUUAGACAAAUGCUCUUCUGAGAAAUCAUCACUGCUUGAUCUCAGCCUUUCUGUGGAUUCUUGGAACUCAUCGGCAGCUCAAGAAGGCGGGAAAUCCCCAGACCAGCAAUCAUCUGGGAGUGCCACCAAAACAUCCAAGUCUGAGAAAAAGAAAACCCGAUGGUACAAUGUAAGUUUAACUAAUUAAUUUUGCUUAAACAGGGUUGAAAAAAAUUGGAAAGCGAAGGGAGUGCUUUAUUUCAAAUGGAAAAUUUAUACUUAGAAAGUGGAAGCUAGUUUAAAUUUUUCUGGUAUUAAAUUUUUGUGAAGAAUUUGUAUAUUAUUAAGAGAAUGUUUGUUAAGGUAGAUUUUGUUCUGUGUCUUAUGUUUGAGUUAUUGAAUAAUCUCAAUACAUGGAAUAAUUUGUUGUUUAAUGAAAGAGUUUAAUCAUAAAAUAUUUGGAUUAAGAUUUUCAAUUUAUUUGUUAAAAUAAAGAAAAUAUAACUAAAUGGAUAUACUGCUAACAACAAUUAUUUUGAGACGCAGCAUAAGAUAUUUACCAUCUUUUUAACUAAGCCAGAACGGGCGUCAGGCUCGGCAUCGAAAUUAGUAUUGAUUUAUUAAUCUGCCGUGUUUAGGAGGCGGAUUGUCCUAAAUUCAAUUACAGUCACUCUCAUCAUUGAACUAUCCUACUGUUAGCUGUAAGACCAGAGCCAUAAUAAAAACUGGGCUUUAUUUCACCCACACCUAGCAACUGUGGGGCAGUGCUUAGAUCGGACAUAACCUUUUUUUAUGGCAGUUACAUCACCUCUUGUACAAUGCAAACAAGUUCCAUUCAACAAGAGGGGAUUUUCAAAAACUGUUUCACGAGACCAAACUGAGUAACACAUAAUUUGUCUUCAGCGUGCAGUCAAGUAUUAAACUAGGAACAACAGUUAAUUUUUACAUGGUAAAAAAAAAAAAUAUGAGAGCUCACUGUAUUAUUUUUUAUCAAGAACUUGUAUUCAUUUUUUUUUUCAAUCUUAUCUUCUUCUCCGGCCUGUCAUAUAUCUGUAUUCAACUCUCCGGUUCAACCACAGUGAGGACAACCAUUUCAUCCUUCAUAUGCACAUCUCACCGUCUCUCACAAAUGAGAGGAUUAUAGUUACACACACAUAUAAAGCUGUCGGCAUACGGUGCUUUUGAGCUGUAAACAUAAAACAAUUCAUCUUUUUCUUUUUUUUUUGAGGAAGUAUUUACACUCUGGCCCAACAGCUUGCACAAAGCUGUACGUCAUUGCUCGGGAGGUGGGGGGGGGGGGUGUUUUGUUCAAUAUAUUGCUUGCUUGAACAUCUGCUGUACCUGGGCAAUUGAAGCUACUUAUUAAAACCUGGAUUAUGGCAAUCUUGCUUAAAUGAACAUGCUUGGUAUUAAACUGGGAAAAAAACACAGUUUUCUUUAUAAUAUAUAGUUCCCUCCAUUUCUACUAAUCUACUCUAUUGGGAUGGUCAGUGUUUCUUUGUGUAUCAGUUCAAAUGAUGAGAUCUUUUUACUAAAUUUUGUAACUAAAAAAAUUGAUGAAGUGUAGCAUAAAUAAUGAUAAUAUUUCUUAGAGAAAAUAGAAAUGCUAUGACCGUGUCAUUGUCUAGAUAUAGAUUUUAGGUAACAGUUGCGUUGACAGUGUUCAACUAGGCCCAGCACAUCUGCAGCUGAAUAAUCGUUGUAAAUAAAGUAUCUGUUAAUUACCCACAUCAAUGGUUUCAAAUUGGUGUUUAUUUGGGAUAUCAGUUUCUUUAAAAGCCUAUUAAUGAUGCCCUAUCGAUCAGUGGAUCUCAAACCUUCCAGUAGUGAUGGACACAAUAGUUGACCGUUAAAUAAAAAUAAAUUCUUAACUUAUGUCUACUAACGGAGUGCCUGAAUUUGAAGUUGUCAUAUUAUCAGCAACGUAGAUAUUCACUAUGCUGAAAGGAACUUCCAUUAUUAUCUUUUCAAUAAUCUACUUUAAAAGAAAGUUUUGCAAGAUAUAGCUACAUUUAGCAACAAUUGACAAGGGAGACAAAGUCUUGUUUUCUUCAAACUUUUUUUUCUCUUAACACAUAUGUUGGAGCUGGAGUUAUUUUUCUGACUUCAGUUGAUGGUUUAAAAAAAAAAAAAAAUGAACAAAAUUUGAUCAGGCCAAAAUACAAUAUAAGCUGGUUGAAACAUAUUAUUUGGCCAAGACACCUAAGAGCUUGUGUGGGUUAUUUUGUAUUCAGAUUCCCUAGAGCUGGGCGGGGGGGGUGGGGGGGGGGGAGAGACCCAGAUUCACCAGCCACACAUUUUUAUUAGCACUUUCUAAUUUGAUGAAAAUGCAUAAAAAUUACAUGUAUUAGUUUUAGUUGAACAGUUUUGAAAUGUUCUCUUAAGAGACAAGGAAGUCUUAACAUAAAUAUGCUCUUUUGUAGUCUGUCUGUGUGGUUAGUCUGUAGAUAUUUUCCCCAUAUUGGAUGUUAGGAUAUAGUCUGAUGUAUUACUUGUUUUUUAUCUGUCUGCAUUAUCUGUUCACUAUAAAAGUCUCCUUGCUCUUGUAUGCAUUGCCUUGUGUGCAUGCUUUUUUUUUUUGGUAUCUGUGUUUCCACAUUGGAUCACAUCACAUACAGACAGGCCAUAGAUUCAAGCAUUGGCAGAUUCAAUGGUUACACGUGGAAGUGGUUAUGGGUGGUGGGAGAACCACAGUUCCAUCGGUUGCUUACCUUAUUUAUAAACAUUGAAAAAUAAUACUGAUGCCCCUGGCCAUCUCCACCUCUGAACUAGGAUUCGAAUUCUAAAUCAGCCACAGGAUUCGUGCAUCGGUAUUCCACUUUUCAUCAGAUGGGCUAUGGCCAAGAAGAUAUAAUCAUGUAAAUUUUGUUAGCAAAGUUUUGCUUUAAAUAAAUUAAAUAAGUGCAAUACUUGUCAUGGUUUGAGAAAGUGCUACGGCCAAGAAGGCACAAUCAUACAAAGCUUUCUGUAGCCACUAUGUUACUAUAAAUCCAUUGACUAAGUGCAAUAGCUGUUACACAAAUUGAGAAUCUUUCCCCUGCAUUCUUGGCACUGGUUUUCACAUGACACUGAGUUCACAUCCUAUCUACAAAACAGAAUGAAAUGGACAAACGCAAGGGCAGCACUCGCAGCAAAAAGGAACCUAAAAGAAGGAAGCAGGUAAAUAAACAACUUCAGUAAGAAAAGAAUUGUAAAAAAAAAAAUUAAAUGGCUACCCCAGUUUAUACUUACAUAACGUUUUAAAUAACAAGCAAUAACAACAUGGUAGAUUGAUGAGUGUGUAUUUUCAAUCGUUGACUUAGAGAUGCAGCUUUUCCCCCCCUAGAAACUAAUCCUACAUGAAUCAUUUAGUUGUUGAUAGCAGUUUAAGUUUUUCCAUUGUAGAUCCAUGGCCUGUCACUAAGACUUGACCCAACCCUUCCCCUGAUGUUUCGUAAUCUUCUAUGUUGUCUCAAUGCACCUUGCUAGACUGUUUUUUUAUUUUGCUAGUCAAGAUCCCAUUUUUCAAAGCCAGAAUUGUGUCCAUAAAUUUAUUAGUUAUGCACCCUUAAAUUCUCCAUAAGGAAAUAGAUUAUUUUUUUUUUAAAUAAGAUUAUUUCCUUAACAAAAUAAUUUGGAAGCUCAAUAAAGAGUUUUUAUUACCAGUAUGUCAUAACAACUAAUGAUAAUUACGUAUAAGCCUCAGGCAAAGUUUCCAUACUUGUAAAUUUCAAUUUUAUUUACAAUUAACAAUUUUAAUUUUUAGCGGCAUACUAUUUCAAAAUGAAUAAGUUAGCUGUGUUUUUAAUCCAUGUCUAAAAAAAAUAAGUUAAUUAGGCACUUAAUAGCGGCCCGUUAUUUGAGUAGUAAUACCAUUCAGCUGUGUGACACUCUGUCUCAAAUUCACAUACUGUGUCGGCAAGCAUCCCGUACCUCAUUACUAAGCCACUCUAAAGGAUCAUCACCCACGCGCUUUGUUUAAGUUGUAAUGCCCGAUAUUUUCUUGAAUGUAUUUUCAAAUUGUAUGCUCAUUUUUGGAAGCAUUAAUUUACUAACACCAAACUUAUCCAUUUGUGAUCUAAUGUUUUGAUUUCAUUUAACAUAUUUUUACAAUAAAUAUAUAUAUAACAUUAAAAAAUGUGUUUUAAAGAUGCUUUUUAGAUAAUUAUUUAUGCGUUUUUGUAAUUUUUAAUGCAUAAAAGUUGAAUCCAAAUCCUAGUUAUAUAUGUAAUUCUUGCAUAUAAACAAAGGCAGCUCUCAUUGAUGUUAUUGAAACUGUAAAAUUCGCUGUGUGUAUUUUUGUUCUUAUAACCGGCUUUUGUUACAAAUGCACUUGAGUAUAUUAGUGAUGUAUAACGAGUCUGUUGGUUCUGCUCACUGUGCUAUGCUUAUUCAGGUGCUCUCACUUUGCUUGGUGGUUUAAGGGGCUCCACAUCAAUUUUUCUUGGCUUGGCUUCUUUAUAUAUAUUUAAUUUUUUUUUUGUCUAACUGAUUGCAUUACUAAAUUUCAUGCUUUUUUUAAAAUCAAUAAUAAAUAGUUGGGCAUAGUUUGUUUGUUAAUUUGUUUAAUGAAAAUAAAUAAUUGGGCAUUAUUUGUUUUUUUUUUUUUUUUUUUUUUUUUUUGAAAAUAAAUAGUUGGGCAUUUUUUGUUUUUUAUUUUUUUUUAUGAAAAUAAAUAAAUGGGCAUUAGGGUCUAUUUGGUUUUUUUUUUUUUUUUUUUUUUGGAUAAUUUUUUUAUUUUUUUUUUUUUUUUUUUUUUUUUUUAUUUUUUUAAAAUAAAUUGUUGGGCUUUAUUUUUUUUUUAUUUUUUUUAAUGAAAAUAAAUAAAUGGGUAUUAUGGUUUAUUUUGUUUUUUUUCUUUUUAAUAUUUUGGAUAAUUUUUUUUUUUUUGAAAAUUCUUUGAAAUUUUAACUUGUACUGCUAGUAUAAGGCAGGUUUUGUUAUUAAACUUUUUUUUUGUUUUUGACAUGAAAACUUAGCACAAAUUUCUAAUGAUACUGUAAUACAAUCUUAUGAUUCUUUCUCUUGCUGAAGUCUUGAGGAAAACACAUUUAAAAAAACAACAACUUGAAUAUCUCUCGUGAGAAUACUGUAAGGCAGUGGAUGUUUAAACAAUGCCAACCUGUAUUUUACUGAGGAAUGUUACCUCUCCAGCUAUCCAUUCACACCAACACUUAAGCCUGAUGUAAAUACUAGUGUAUAAGUUGAGAAUUUUAGCCGUAAAUUUCAUUUUAAAACGCAGUCACCUUAUAAAAGGGUCAGUACCAGUUUCAAUAGAAUUUUGUACAUUGAAUGAGGGAGCAGUGUCCAGUUACUGGUGGUCGUGCUAGUGUACUUACGGGUGGCUGUAUGUUGACCCAGAUACCAGGUACACACAGAGAAAAUCAGCUGUUGACUGAAGAGUGAGACCAAGCCAGUGGACACUGAUGUAAAUGGUGUAAAUACCACUGACUGCAAAAGAGUCCAGGCCUAGGGACACCAGCCAUAGUUUAGUAUACAGAGCUGCUAGGUAAAAUUUGACGACAUUAAAAAUCACAGAAUUUCAUAGACCCAUUUUUUCCACUUGACUUAUCCUUGAGUCAUAUCAUAUUUCAUGAUUGUUGGUUAAAAAAAACUGCCCACGACUUUGGCUAGACGAGAUAAGCUUAUAGACAAGUAUAUACUGUAGGUUUGGGGUGAUCACUCUCCAGGGAUAUGUGACUUACUUGGCUAUUGAGUCCAUUCCCACCAAGACUUGACCCACAGUUUGGGGUGACCACUCUCCAGGGAUAUAUGCCUUACUUGGCUAAUGAGUCCAAUCCCAUCAAGACUUGACCCACAGUUUGGGAUGACCACUCUCCAGGGAUAUAUGCCUUACUUGGCUAAUGAGUCCAAUCCCAUCAAGACUUGACCCAUAGUUUGGGAUGACCACUCUCCAGGGAUAUAUGCCUUACUUGGCUAAUGAGUCCAUUCCCACCAAGACUUGACCCAUAGUUUGAGGUGACACCACCACCCCACCCCCCACCCCCCAAUAAAAUUACAAGCCUGCCAUGUCUUGGAUCAACCCAAGAAUUGACCCUUACUUUGGGAUGACCCCCCCGAAACAAAAUACAAACCUGAUGUGUCUUGUACCAACCGACACUAGACACCAUAGUUUGGGGGGACAUCAAAUUAAAUGCAAACAUACCAAACAUACCAAACAUACCAAACAUACCAAACAUACCAAACAUACCAAACAUACCAAACAUACCAAACCUACCAAACAUACCAAACCUACCAAACAUACCAAACAUACCAAACAUACCAAACAUACCAAACAUAACAAACAUACCAAACAUACCAAACAUACCAAACCUACCAAACAUACCAAACAUACCAAACCUACCAAACAUACCAAACACACCAAACACACCAAACCUACCAAACCUACCAAACCUACCAAACAUACCAAACAUACCAAACCUACCAAACAUACCAAACAUACCAAACCUACCAAACAUACCAAACAUACCAAACAUACCAAACAUACCAAACACACCAAACAUACCAAACAUACCAAACAUACCAAACCUACCAAACACACCAAACACACCAAACACACCAAACCUACCAAACCUACCAAACCUACCAGACAUACCAGACAUACCAAACAUACCAAACAUACCAAACAUACCAAACAUACCAAACCUACCAAACCUACCAAACAUACCAAACACACCAAACAUACCAAACAUACCAAACAUACCAAACAUACCAAACACACCAAACACACCAAACACACCAAACAUACCAAACAUACCAAACAUACCAAACCUACCAAACAUACCAAACAUACCAAACCUACCAAACAUACCAAACAUACCAAACCUACCAAACAUACCAAACCUACCAAACAUACCAAACAUACCAAACAUACCAAACAUACCAAACAUACCAAACACACCAAACAUACCAAACAUACCAAACAUACCAAACACACCAAACACACCAAACACACCAAACCUACCAAACAUACCAAACCUACCAAACCUACCAGACAUACCAGACAUACCAAACAUACCAAACAUACCAAACAUACCAAACAUACCAAACCUACCAAACCUACCAAACAUACCAAACACACCAAACACACCAAACAUACCAAACAUACCAAACACACCAAACACACCAAACACACCAAACACACCAAACAUACCAAACAUACCAAACCUACCAAACAUACCAAACCUACCAAACAUACCAAACAUACCAAACACACCAAACACACCAAACAUACCAAACAUACCAAACAUACCAAACCUACCAAACAUACCAAACAUACCAAACAUACCAAACACACCAAACACACCAAACACACCAAACAUACCAAACAUACCAAACAUACCAAACAUACCAAACAUACCAAACAUACCAAACCUACCAACUCUUGGACGAGACUAACUCUGCUCUUACUUUUUUUUUUUCAAUAAAAUGUUUUAAAACUUUUCUUCUGUAAAACAAAAUUUUUAAUUUUUUUUUUUUUGUAUUUCGCCCGAGCCUACAGUUCUCCCCACUCAUAGUUCCCCAAUCACAUGCUUUGUCUUGAUCCUCUGUCUGCCCACGUGUAGAUGCAGAAGUGUAACGAGAAUGGGGCAGGACGCUUGAAGGGUGGUCAGACAUAACAUUGCUAUGCGUUAAUAAUAAUAAUAAUUUGUUUUUUGCUAAUAUGUUACUGUUCUGAAUAAGCUUAAAAGCUUGCACAUUAAUUUACUGAAUUAGCUGUCCAUAUCCUAAGUAUAUUAGGCAUGUGAAAUACUUGUUAUUUUAAAAAAAAAAAUAUUUUUAAAUGGUUUCCCGUGCAUCGUAAUGGCGCAAUUUUAGUUAUUACCGUGCACACCUUAUGGCCUCUGAAAAUGUGGCAGUGGGUUCCAAAGAUUGGAAACAGCUGUUCUGCAGUGGAUAGGAAUGCCGCCACCAAUGGCCUGGAUCAAUUGGGAAUGAAACUAAGAAUCAAUCGGUGAUCAAUUAAUACGAGAUCUGAUGUUUUGAAAUCUUUUCAAAGUGUUACUUGAACGAUCUGGUGAAGAAAUGAAGAGAAGGCGUUGUAUUUUGUUUUUCUUCUGCUCAUCAAACGUUUGUACAAGUGUUGACCAAAGAGUGUUGACCAAGUGAAAUAAAACCAAACAGUCAACUGCAUUCUAUAGUGUCUAUAUUAAACUGUCAACUGCAGUCUAUAGUGUCUGUAUUGAUGUCUUUAAAAAUUAUGCUUAUAUAUAGAGAGUUUGAAACAAUUAAAAUAUAUAAUUUUUGUUUAUAUUUGAAGCCAAAUAUUCAAUAACAUCUGCAAAACAAAGUAAAUGGCGGAAAUAAACUUUUUUUUGUGCGUCUCUAUGUGAUCUAUUGGGCUCCAAUGACACAUCUGAUGUGUGGCUCCAUGUGAUCUAUUGGGCUCCAAUGACACAUCUGAUGUGUGGCUCCAUGUGAUCUAUUGGGCUCCCAUAACACAUCUGAUGUGUGGCUCCAUGUGAUCUAUUGGGCUCCCAUGACACAUCUGAUGUGUGGCUCCAUGUGAUCUAUUGGGCUCCCAUGACACAUCUGAUGUGUGGCUCCAUGUGAUCUAUUGGGCUCCAAUGACACAUCUGAUGUGUGGCUCCAUGUGAUCUAUUGGGCUCCCAUGACACAUCUGAUGUGUGGCUCCAUGUGAUCUAUUGGGCUCCCAUGACACACCUGAUGUGUGGCUAAAUGUUAUCUAUUGGACUCCCAUGACACAUCUGAUGUGUGGCUCUAUGUAAUCUAUUGGACUCCCAUGACACAUCUGAUGUGUGGCUCUAUGUGAUCUAUUGAGCUCCCAUGACACAUCUCAUGUGUGUCUCUAUGUGAUCUAUUGGGCUCCAAUGACACUCGUGAUGUGUGGCUCUGUGUGAUCUAUUGGGCUCCCAUGAUACAUCUGAUGUGUGGCUCUGUGUGAUCUAUUGGGCUCCCAUGACACAUCUGAUGUGUGGCUCUAUGUGAUCUAUUGAGCUCCCAUGACACAUCUCAUGUAUGUCUCUAUGUGAUCUAUUGGGCUCCAAUGACACUCGUGAUGUGUGGCUCUGUGUGAUCUAUUGGGCUCCCAUGAUACAUCUGAUGUGUGGCUCUGUGUGAUCUAUUGGGCUCCCAUGACACACCUGAUGUGUGGCUAAAUGUUAUCUAUUGGACUCCCAUGACACAUCUGAUGUGUGUCUCUAUGUGAUCUAUUGGACUCCCAUUACACAUCUCAUAUGCGGCUAAAUGUGAUCGAUUGGCACUGCAUCAAUUGUUGGUUUGUUUAACACACUUAGGAUCAUAGAUUACAAUAUUUCAACAGCCUGUCUCCAUGAAUUGAUCAGGUUGAUACUCUAUUUGUAAUUGACACCAACUUUGUAUAUUAUUUUUUUUUUAAAUAGGAAAUUUUGGUGGCUGAAUAAUUCAUGAAGCCACAGAUGUUUACAGUUAUAGACUGGCAAUUGACAACUGUCAUCGGUCUAUUAAGAAUUUAUAUAUCUCAACAGUGUGGACUGUGAUCAGCGGGAGUUUUUUUUUUGACACAGAUUAUUUUCUGACAUUCUUAUGGAAAAUAUCACUAAGAAUAAUUUUAUUGGGGACUCUUGCAGGCUCUGAAAUGCAAAGCGAAUGUUCCUCUUGUAGCGAUUGUCAACUUCAGGAUUUGUCGACUUUUGUCAACUUCAGGGUUUGUCUACUUUAGUCAACUUCAGGGUUUGUCUACUUUAGUCAACUUCAGGGUUUGUCUACUUUAGUCAACUUCAGGGUUUGUCUACUUUAGUCAACUUCAGGGUGUGUCUACUUUAGUCAACUUCAGGGUUUGUCUACUUUAGUCAACUUCAGGGUUUGUCUACUUUAGUCAACCUCAGGGUUUGUCUACUUUAGUCAACUUCAGGGGUUUUUCUACUUUAGUCAACUUCAGGGUUUGUCUACUUUAGUCAACUUCAGGGGUUUUUCUACUUUAGUCAACUUCAGGGUUUGUCUACUUUAGUCAACUUCAGGGUUUGUCUACUUUGCUGAUCAUAUAGUCAUGUGUUGAAUAAGUUUUUCUCUUACUUGUUUGCUUUGGGGCCGUCCAUAUAGUAUUUCACGGGGGUCUGGAAGGGAGGGGGGUGUCUAGAAAAUAUGACAGUAAUUGAUGUGGUGGUGCCCCCCCCCACCACGUCAAUUACUGUCAUAUUUUGUGUGAUGUCACAUAUUUUUUAUCAUGCAUAUAUAACCUGAAAUUGACAGUGGUGUUGAACUUUUGUCGUCGUGGGUGUAUUUCUGAUAGAAGAUUUCAAUUUUAUAACUUUGAUAGUUGAAUAGUGAAGUGUGUUUUUAGAUUAAAUUUUUAAUUAGUUGUUAAUUUGUCAACAUUUUUUUUUAGUUCAAAAGUGUGACGUACUUUACUUUAAAAGUAAUAUAAGUCAGUUUAGCAGAGUUGUAUGUACAUUAUUAUUAACAUAUGAAAUGAAAAUUUCUUGGGAAAUUAGAAUAAGAAUAUAAGCGUUACUGUACCUAAACAAAAACUCAAAUCUAAAUGAUGUCAUUAGAUAACUUUUUUUCAUGAUUUUCAGAGUUACGGUUCAUGGGGUAGGCACAAUCUGAUGGUAAACAUUUGAUUAUACUUAUUUUAGCAGUGGAUAUCUUUCAUUUCUGAAAUGGAUAGCUGUUCUGUGUAACUUUCAAUGAUUGCUGUGCUGGUGAAUGGCAUAUUAUAGUAGUACCUUGACUGUAUGGUAUCUAGGUUUUGAUUUCGUAUUCCAAAAUCAGAGCAGUGGGGGAAAAUCUGCUCAAAAAUUGCACAUUGCAAUAAUUUUCUUGCUCCAUGACUAAAAAUGCGCACAAUCUGGGAUACAACUAAAAAAUUGACGGAUUACGUGAACGCGGUAAGUGAUGGAGAACGACCUCAUCUUCUUUCAAUCACUUGAGCAUUGUUUAUUGAUGCACUUUAAAUGUCUCUGUUAAAUAACAUUAAUCUCUCUUAACAGCAAAUCAUCCGUCGCCAUAAAAGAAUUGGUUUGUGUAAUAAGUGAGGAGGAAUGAUCUCAUUUUGGCUGGGCUGCUUGCUAAUUAGCACAGACACACUAACUACAUUCCCGUUUUUCUAUAAUUUUCAUUUGUUUUGUUUGUUCCUGAAGUCUUUAAAGCUGUUACAGUUUAUCUUCAUACAUGCCUCUUGAAAAAUGCCUUUUGUUAACAAGACCACUUAAAACAUUCACUUUCCUUAUGAGACAAUCCAAUAUAUCGACUUCCUUAUGAAACGACCCAAUAUUUUAUCUUUUCACUUGUUGGUCAGAGGGAAAUCUCACAGUUUAAGACCCCCUGCAUAACAAGAUUAUCCAAAGUGCACAACAAGAUCACCCAAAGAGUAUAACGAGACCAUCCAAUGUGCAUAACGAGAACACCCAAUGUGCAUAACGAGAACACCCAAAGAGCAUGGUCUCUCAUAGAUCACACCUUUUAUCAAAUUCAAGUAUUCGCAGUCUGAGUGCUGCAUCAUUAAGGUGCCACUGGUGUAGGUUCAAACCUCUAUUGACAAGCUACAUUCAAAGAGUGAUAGCAUAAUUAUGUGGCGCAAACAGCCAGCACUGGUUUCUUCCUUUCCUUGUGAUUGUCACUGUCUGAAGUCUUCAUUGUGCAGGCAACAUGGAAGGGCAUUGCUAUCAAAACAAAAAUUCCAUUAAUCUUUUCAUGAGUCCAAAGUUCAGAUCUUCCACCUUUUAUGCUUUAAAUGUUUCGUAAAAUGGAUUUCCUCUGAAAUGCUUGUGUGGGUGACAAGGUUGAGUUUUUCCCACAGGAAUGAACACAUUGAAAAGGUAUACAGAACAAACCCAUUGUACGUUUGACACAUCAAAUGUGUUAGUAUAUGAGUGUGGGGGCGGAGCAUUAAAUUUAUUUAUUGCACCUGAAAAUUUGUUCUUGGGGGCUAUUGGUGUUGUAGACUGGCAUUGAAUAUGGGGAGGAUGUAAUUACUGCUACUGACCAGUAAGAAAUUGAUACUACUUUAAUGUGUAGGGAUAACAUGCUCUUGUUUUUAGCUGAGACAAACAGACCAUUUGUUAAAGCGUUUCAUUUCAGCAUUUAGUAUCCAACACAUGCAAAAUUAUUCAGAGCCCUGCAGUUUCUAUUCCCCACCGUCUCCAUCUUUCUCUCCACCCUCAAAAUUUAGUCUUUCUUUAUCCUGAGCGCAAGCCUCCUUCCAAUAUUGUUCAUUACAAAAAAAAUUUGAUUUUUAAAUAGUAGUCAUUCCAUAUCAUUUUCAUCCUCAGAUUAUGAGCAAGACUUUUUAAAAAAAAUAGUUUGGCCUAUAGGUGCCUUGGUACAUAUAUAUUUUUUUUUAAUUUGAACCUUUGGCUUAUAUUUAUGAUUUGCACCUCCAGUUAAUAGUUAUAAAUACUCUGCUUUGAUUAUAAUAUGUAUUGUUUGAACUCAUUUUCAAAUUCAAUAUCCUUUAUAUUUGGCUAACUAUCGUUGCAGAAAUAACUUUUUUCAAAUUAUUCAUAGUCACAAGGCUUUUAAGGGUCUGCUUUUGUAUAUAGAAUUAUUAGCUAUCCAAAUUUUUAUUUUUUUCUCAAAUUAGCCGGGAUUUUAAAUUGUUAAAUUUGUUUCAUUAACAUUUUUUUAAUGCGGUCCUUAGUUUGACAAGUUUAUUCGAAUUUAUUUAUUCCCCCGCUCCCAUAAAAAAAUAUUUUAAAAAGACAAUAAUAAUGAAAAAAAUAUUAAUUUUAAAUGACAAGAAUUCUAUUUUUCUAGGCCUUUUUGGCAACAUGCGUCAUGUCCUGAUAACGUAUGGAAUGGGUGAUACUGAUCCAUUGAAAUAUAUUCUUUUCUUAAGUAAGAACAGAUGCCAUUACUUUCAUAUGCCUUACUUGACAGGUGCCUUUAACGUAGCUGCACGAGGAUAAUAUUUCAAUUUUUUAAUUUAUUAAAUCAGUAAUUCUCAACAUCAAGGGGCGGUGGAAAAGCUCUGGCUCAAGAUCUCAGUCAUGAAAUAAUAAUAUUUUUUUAAAACACUUUGUAGUUUUAAGAUGAAAAAAUAUUUUUUUUUUUUUUUGGUUUUAAAAGUUUAAUGAUCAUUUUAUGUUCUCCAUGCUUUGUUAUGUCUACUUUUUAUCUUGGGUCAGUUUAUGUUUCCAAAUUGGACCAUAAGAAUUCAGAGCUCAGCUGUAGCACAAUUUACGUUUCUGCCUUAAUUUUAUAAACCAGUGGUCUACAAUGCACACCUGGGAUAUGUGUAAAUGGGCAUCCAAAGAAAUCUAAUCUACCUUUUAAAAAUGUUGGUAAUAUGGUAAUAGUAUAUAUACAUUUAUAUUUAUAUAUAUAUAUACAUUUAUAUAUAUAUAUAUAUAUAUAUAUAUAUAUAUAUAUAUAUAUAUAUUGUAUUUAUAUAUAUAUAUAUAUUGUGUGUAUGACAAAUAGAAGUUAAGAGACCACUGUAUAUAGUCUCGAGUUUCAUAAAUAAGUUUCUGACAGAUAAAUAUAUAUAUAUAUACAUUUAUAUUUAUAUAUAUAUAUAUAUAUAUAUAUAUAUAUAUAUAUAUAUAUAUAUAUAUAUAUGUAUAUAUAUUGUAUUUAUAUAUAUACAUAUAUUGGGUGCAUGACAAAUAGAAGUUAAGAGACCACUGGUUAUAGUCUCGAGUUUCAUAAAUAAGUUUCUGCCAGAUCAAUAUUUAUCAUGCAUACGGUAUCAUUUUUUUUCCCUCAGAUUAUGAGCACCACAUACAAAUCUAGAAGUGAAGACUACCGGCGCAUGUUCAAAGAUGUCCCUAAAGAUGAGAGACUUAUUGUUGGUCAGUUGGACCUGAUGCUCUUUUUCAAAUUCAAACUAUUGUUAGUGCCGUUUACGUUUAGCCUCAAGUGACUCACCGGGGUCAACAGCGGCAACAUUCCUAAUCUCAAAUAAUGCGCCGGGGGGGGGGGGGGGGGAUCCAGUUAAGCCUGGUAUCAUUAUAUACAUCUUAGCGAAUUUAAAUACAUUCAACAUUGUAUACAACAUUCAACACAUUUAAUGCAACUCUCAACUUUAUUCAACACUCAACACAUUUUAUUCAACAUUCAACACAUUUCAUGCAACUCUCAACUUUAUUCAACACUCAACACAUUUUAUUCGACAUUCAACACAUUUCAUGCAACUCUCAACUUUAUUUAACACUCAACACAUUUUAUUCAACAUUCAACACAUUUCAUGCAACUCUCAACUUUAUUUAACACUCAACACAUUUUAUUCAACAUUCAACACAUUUCAUGCAACUCUCAACUUUAUUCAACACUCAACACAUUGUAUUCAACAUUCAACAAAUUUAAUCAACAUUCAACACAUUUUAUUUAACAUUGAAUAUUUUUUAGCACAUUCAUAUACUUUUACGUUUACAGAAAUAAUAACUCAGAAUGUCAACAUAUCUCUUUUCUUCAUAUACACUAAUCUUCAUCUGAUCUCACUCUUUGAGUCUGUAAUGCUAAAGUAAACUCAAGCUUAGAAUGGAAGUAAAUAAACUUUUAUUUAGUUUAGUUUAGUUUAGUUAAGCAUGUACAAUAUGUCCAGUUUGUGGUCGUAGAAUGAAUCCGAAAAAGUCUUUGAUGAUGAUUAUUUAUAUUUAUGUUUAACGUAAAAGGCUUAAAUUAUUUUUUUCUUUUUUUUUUUUUUUAAAGUCAGGUCCCUGCAGCUUAGCUUUGUAAUAAUGUUUUUUGAAAUUUUAAUUGUUUUUUUUUUAUUUUUGAUUAUUAUUAUUUAUAUUUAUUUUUAAAGUAAAAGGUUUAAAUUAUUUUUUUUUUUUUUUUUUUUUUUAAAGUCAGGUCCCUGCAGCUUAGCUUUGUAAUAAUGUCUUUUGAAAUUCUAAUUGAUUUUAUUUUAUGAUUGGAACAUAUUUAGUUGUGCAUAAUGUUAUUGUUUUAGCAUGUAGGUUAUAUAUCAUCUUAUUAAAUUUUUAGUUUAACUACGUUAAAUUCUAUUUUAUACCAUGAACUCUCCACCAGAUUACUCAUGUGCCCUACAGAAAGAUAUUCUCGUUCAAGGUCGCAUGUAUAUUUCACAGAGCUGGAUCUGCUUCUAUGCCAAGAUAUUUAAUUGGGAGACCAUGGUAAGAAACUCAAGAUUUUUUAUUGGGAAAACCAUUGUUAGAAACUCAUAAAAUUUAAUUGGGGAAACAAUGUUUCAUGAUACUUUGCGGGGGGGGGGGUGGCAUGGUAAGAAGCUCAUGAUAUUUUAUUGGGAAACCAUGGUAAGAAACUCAUAUUUUAUUGGAGAAACAUUGGUAAAAAAAUCAUGAUUUUUUGGGGGCAUAACCAAGGUAAAAGAUAUUUAAUUGGGAGACCAUGGUAAGAAACUCAAGAUUUUUUAUUGGGAAAACCAUUGUUAGAAACUCAUAAAAUUUAAUUGGGGAAACAAUGUUUCAUGAUACUUUGCGGGGGGGGGGGGUGGCAUGGUAAGAAGCUCAUGAUAUUUUAUUGGGAAACCAUGGUAAGAAACUCAUAUUUUAUUGGAGAAACAUUGGUAAAAAAAUCAUGAUUUUUUGGGGGCAUAACCAAGGUAAGAAACUCAUAUUUUAUUGGGGAGACCAUGAUAAGAAACACCAUUUUUAUUGGGAAAACUAUGGUAAGAAACAUGAUAUUUUAUUGGGGAAAUCAUGGUAAGAAACUCAUAUUUUAUUGGAGAAACAAUGGUAAGAAAAUCAUGAUUUUUGCGGGGCAAAACCAAGGUAAGAAACUCAUGAUAUGUUAUUGGGAAGACCUUGAUAAGAAACACCAUUUUUAUUGGGAAAACUAUUGUAAGAUACACAAUAUUUUAUUGGGAAAACCAUGGUAAGAAACUCAUGAUAUUUUAUGGGGAAAACCAUGGUAAGAAACUCAUGAAAUUUAAUGGGGAAAACCAUUGUAAGAAACUCAUGAUAUUUUAUUGGGAAAAUCAUGGUAAGAAACUCAAGAUAUUUUAUUGGGAAAACCAUGGUUAAGAAACUCAUGAUAUUUUAUUGGGAAAAUCAUGGUAAGAAACUCAAGAUAUUUUAUUGGGAAAACCAUGGUAAGAAUCUCAUGAUAUUUAAUUGGGAAAUCCAUGGUAAGAAACUCAUGAUAUUUAAUGGGGAUAACCAUGGUAAGAAACUCAUGAUAUUUAAUUGGGAAAUCCAUGUUAAGAAACUCAUGAUAUUUAAUGGGGAUAACCAUGGUAAGAAACUCAUGAUAUUUUAUGGGGAAAACCAUGGUAAGAAACUCAUGAAAUUUAAUGGGGAAAACCAUUGUAAGAAACUCAUGAUAUUUUAUUGGGAAAAUCAUGGUAAGAAACUCAAGAUAUUUUAUCGGGAAAACCAUGGUUAAGAAACUCAUGAUAUUUUAUUGGGAAAACCAUGGUAAGAAACUCAUGAUAUUUAAUGGGGAAAACCAUGGUAAGAAACUCAAGGUAUUUUAUUGGGAAAACCAUGGAAAGAAACUCAUGAUAUUUAAUGGGGAAAACCAUGGUAAGAAACUCAUGAUAUUUUAUUGGGAAAACCAUGGUAAGAAACUCAUGAUAUUUAAUGGGGAUAACCAUGGUAAGAAACUCAAGGUAUUUUAUUGGGAAAACCAUGGUAAGAAACUCAUGAUAUUUAAUGGGGAAAACCAUGGUAAGAAACUCAUGAAAUUUAAUGGGGAAAACCAUGGAAAGAAACUCAUGAUAUUUAAUGGGGAAAACCAUGGUAAGAAACUCAUGAUAUUUAAUGGGGAAAACCAUGGUAAGAAACUCAAGGUAUUUUAUUGGGAAAACCAUGGUAAGAAUCUCAUUAUAUUUAAUUGGGAAAUCCAUGUUAAGAAACUCAUGAUAUUUAAUGGGGAUAACCAUGGUAAGAAACUCAUGAUAUUUUAUUGGGAAAACCAUGGUAAGAAACUCAUGAUAUUUAAUGGGGAAAACCAUGGUAAGAAACUCAUGAUAUUUAAUGGGGAAAACCAUGGUAAGAAACUCAUGAAAUUUAAUGGGGAAAACCAUGGAAAGAAACUCAUGAUAUUUAAUGGGGAAAACCAUGGUAAGAAACUCAAGGUAUUUUAUUGGGAAAACCAUGGUAAGAAUCUCAUGAUAUUUAAUUGGGAAAUCCAUGUUAAGAAACUCAUGAUAUUUAAUGGGGAAAACCAUUGUAAAAAACUCAUAAUAUUUAAUGGGGAAAACCAUGGUAAAAAAACUCAUGAUAUUUAAUGGGGAAAACCAUGGUAAAAAACUCAUGCGUCCCUGGCAACAAGCAAUCCAAUAAUAAUUUGUGAUAACAAAAACUUGUUCCAGCCAGUUUACAAUGCUUAUUAAGUCUAUAUGAUUUGUUUGCACCAUGAUGUGUUACUUGUUUGAAGUCCUUUUAUUCUGCAUGUUUGUGUGUGUAUGCAGCUGAUGAUAUCCUGCAAGGAGAUCACUGCCAUCACAAAAGAGAAAACGGCCAGAGUUAUCCCCAACGCCAUACAAAUCACAACAGAGAAGGAACGUUACUUCUUCACAUCAUUUGGGUCCAGGGAUAAAACUUACAUGAUGCUGUUUCGAAUCUGGCAAAAUGCACUCUUAGACCAGGUGGGGAUUUUUAAAAAUGUAUACCCAGCUUUGAACUCUUUAAUUGUAGGAUUGUAUCAUAUGAUAAGAAGAUAAUCGAAAAUUGUUUAUUGUAUUGCAUCUAUUUCCGAUGACAGUUGCGUUGUGUAAAUGGGACUGUCCAAGAGGUGAACAUUUGAUCCAUUGUUCUCAUUUUUAAAGCCCCUGCUAAAUCAGCACCACAAUUUUAAAGCUCUUGCUUAAGCAGCACCGCAUUUUUAAAGCACUUGCUGAAUCUGCGCCACGUAUUUAAAGCUUCUGCUUAAUCGGUACCACAUUUUUGGUCAUAAAAAAAAAAAGUACACCAAUGUUUAAUCCCGGCCAGUGAACAGCAACAGUGACAUCCUUCAACAAUUUAAAAUGGAGCAUUGGCAAAUAUUUUCCUCACCGGCUAAGAUGAGACUUCUAUAGUGAUACAUUUAACUUUGGUGUCACCUCAUUGCUUGACAUUUCAUCGACCGUCUCAUUUGGGUCUAGAAACUGUCCACACUUAAUUCAAGUCCCUGGCAUGUUUUGGGUUUUCAAAAGAUUGUAAGACAGACUACGAUAAAACUUUUAUGUAGAUUAAUGAAACACAAUUGGUGUGAAUAAAAUUAGAUAUAGGAAGAUGCAAUUAUGAUUUAUAAAAAUUCAAAUGUUUCAGCCAAUGCCUUUAUCAUUAUAAUAAUAUAUAUAUAUAUAUAUCAUUAUAAAUUACAGUUAAAUGAAAUAUGUGUAUCUCACCUAUACAAAAAAAGAAAAGAAAAGAAAAAGAAUGGAGUGAAGUCCCUGGUGGCGACAAAGAUCAGAAGAAUGAAAAGAAAGUUGAGGAGCCAGUGGAUUAGACCAUUAGAGCAUCACAGUGAUUGACAAGUCUAGGGUUUUAGCAUCACAGUGAUUGACAAGUCUAGGGUUUUAGCAUCACAGUGAUUGACAAGUCUAGGGUUUUAGCAUCACAGUGAUUGUCAUGUGUUUAAACAAUGUUGUCCUUUUUUUUCUUACUUCCAGCCCAUGUCAGCCAAGGAGCUGUGGACCUGGAUACACUACAACUACGGAGAUGACUUGGGCCUGACAACAGAGGAUGAAGAUUACGUCCCACCUCAGAGUUUUGAGGAGUUAACAGAGAAAUUAAAUGAGGAAAUACCUGCGAUCAAGGUGAGUCAAAUCUUCUGUGAACCACUUAUUGUGGUCUGUCAGAUACUGAUUAUGAUCAUUCUAAUGCUAUCAAAUGUUCAUAUUGAGUGAGAGGAAUUCCUGAACUCAAAAGAAUAUUGUUAGUAUCUGUACUUUAAGGAAAGGGUAGUUGUAUAAUCCUUUUAACGUAAAUAUUUUGUUUAUGAAAAAGCCAUUUAUUAAAAACAGAUUUUUUUCUUUUAAAUGUCAUUCUCACCUGAUUGGUGUAAUUUAAAUGUCAUUCUCACCAGAUUGGUAUAAUUUAAAUGCCGUUCUCACCUAAUUGGCAUAAUUUAAAUGUCAUUCUAACUUGAUUGGCAUAAUUUAAAUGCCAUUCUCACCUGAUUGGCAUAAUUUAAAUGCCAUUCCUCACCUGAUUGGGAUAAUUUAAAUGCCACUCUCACCUGAUUGGCAUAAUUUAAAUGCCGUUCUCACCUGAUUGGCAUGUUUCAAAUGUUAUUUUAAAAUGUAAUGUGAUGCAAGUAACUAGAUGACUGUGGCAGAUGCAACAUUGUUUACGAGUAGGACCCCCCGACGAGUUGGACCCCUUUGUGAUGGCCACAGACACAAAUAUAGGGUCUGAAACUUCGUCCCUAGCUUUUUUUCCUCCUGGACCCUGCAGGACUAAUGUGUUGUAAGAUUAAAAUAAAAUCCAUCAAAUCUUCCCUGCGUCACCACAACCUGCCUCAACACUUCCAUUCGCCCAGACUUAACUGUUGCUUUUAUUUUCCAGCUGCUGUAGAUUCUUUUCCACAUCAUCAAUCCAAAAUAAUGUCCAUAUCCAGGCAAAUUUCAAUUUCCAUUUGUAUCAGCCCAGGUCAUAUUUUGUUGCUUGGCUUUCGUCAACGUUUAUUAUUUUUUACAAGGCUGGGUUGGUAGACAACGCACAACCAUCAGGUUGGCUGCCCCAUCCAGCUCUCUAGGUAGCUGCCUUCAUUUUGGGGUAAGGUUCCCUAGCCUUUGAGGAUCCCUCCACUUCCUACAAGGCAACAGGUUCUGAUUUUUGGUCCUGCCUUGGUAUUUUAUUUCCCUGAUACCCAUCAUACCUGGGGCGGCGCUCAAUGGACGAUCAAUAUCUACCUACAAGCACAUGGCAUUUCAAAGUUACGUUCCUUUAUUGUAAGGCUUCGUAUGCGUGACAGUCCAACAUGCAUUGACAAUCCAAAAAUGCAUACAAAUGCAUGACAUUCAGAACUAAUGUAAAUGUCCCAUAAUCAUACACAUCCAAUAACAACAAUUUAGUCACAGAACUGCCUAUCCAAAAAUAUUAUAACUUGUCUUAUCAAAAAUAUAUGAAUAAAUAUCAUCUCACACAAUGUACAUGCCUUUUAUAGUCCUUAACUCCUACCUGAAUGAUUUCAACUCAUGAAUAAAGGGAGGGGAAAAAAAUGGCUCGGAGCUCACAUAACAAUACACUGCAAGCCAUGAUGCAGCAAAACAAUACUACAUGACAAUGGCAUUUUAAGCUUUGUCGACUCACCAGUAUAAUGUUUGCUUGACUGCAGCCGACCAACCUGCGACUUAUUUUAUGAAUUGAUAUUUCAAUUAUUUUUAGAGGGCCUCAGAAUAUUGGUUGGAACUCCUCAAAAAGUCUUAGGAGUUUGCAGAAUGUUUUAAUUUUUUUUUUAAAUCUCAUACAUUAAAUAUUUAACUUGAGCCAUAGACAUACUUGCCGACUUUACGGGCGUUAAUCAACUUUAGGGAGUUGACUCGCUGUCCGAAUUCUCCUGCAAACUGUUUUACAGUAUAGUUUAGGUUUUGUAACAUAUCCUGUUGAGAGGUUUAUUGGGCUUUUGGGAACCACUGACAAGCUUUAUAAUUAUUUUCUUACGUAACACAGGAGCUGCAGACAGAUUCCGAGGCUCUCACCACGACGGCAGAGAACAUGCACACUGCCAGCAAUGACGACACAGAUGCUUUUGUCACCGACGAGGUCUUCACUCAGCCCAAUGAUCCCCUGGCCCUCCCAUCCCUCUCCAACCUGCCCCCGGAAUUCUUGGACACCAGCGAUGACAGCGAAGGUAGAAAUAGUGGUGGGAUGAAUGCAAGCUGUGCAACUGUCAGUGUUAUUGGAAUGCUAUGUGUGUGUGGUUGGGGGUAGGGGGGUAUGGGGGGCACAAGAGUGGGAAUUGAUUGCUUUGUGUGGCACAAGUAUGUGACUUGAUUGCUUUGACUGUUGAUUACAACAGUAGCUGUUAUACGUUACAUAUUAUCAUUUUGGUCUUGGGAAAGACAUUUUCCUGAUAGGUAUUGUGGACCCAGCUCAGAACCAUCUAUACUAUACUGGGGCAAACACAAGUGACAAUGUUUACUUUUGAUGACACCACUUUACUGGUGCAUACACCUUGCAUAGUUUUGACCACAUAGCUUACUGGUAGAUUGCACUGCACAUUGUCUAACCAUUACCUUCUCAUUGCAAAUGCUUGACUUGAUUAUUAUUUGAGCCUUUUGCUAAUGGUUCACUUUUUUUUUGGGGGGGGGGGUCCCCAGGGGAAUUCUCUUUUGUUCUAUUAAUAGCUGUUUAUUAUUUUGUUUUUUGUUCUUCUAUUCCCUUACCUAAAUGGUUAUCAAAAAAAAAAAAAAAACCAAACAGAAUUUUCCAUCUUGAGGUGUACUGUGUCCACAGGGGAAUAUUUCUGUGCAGGCCAUGACCACCUGGAGAAGAUGUAUCUGGACGAGGUCUUCAGCAUCAACAUUGACACUGUCUUCGAGUGUCUUUUUACAGACUCUCCUUUUUUUAGGAGUUUUGUGUGCUCAAGGAAAACGUUUGGUAAGAUUUUUUGCUUUAUGCACAACAUUUGAAUUCAAAGUGGCAUAAGUGCUAGAUAUUUGUAUACUAAGUGGAUAAGCCUGGAUUUUGAGUGUCGUGCUGACCUGUGUUGUGGUUGUCUUUCUUCCAGACUUGAAUCUCCCAAACUGGGAGGAAGAACCAGACGAAAACGGAAAUAAAGUGCGGAACAUCUCCUACACCCUGACGCUGAACAACUCCAUUGGUCCCAAGACGUCUCCAUCAACAGAGAGACAGGUCAGCACUUUGACAAAUGACCACACACGUAGCGUUCCCUGACUCAUGCUAGUUUAACUAGUGCUAAACGUUCCUGAAAUUUAACAACACUAUUCAGUUUAGGCUUGAUGUCAAAAAAACUAUGUUUAUUAUUUAUCAUACCAGUUCGCUAACUGGAUAGGAAUUGGUUUUUUUAGUGUCCUGUUUCAAUGUUUGUCUAGCUGAAAUUAAUCAUUACACAAAAAUUAUGACAUUGGUUUUGAUCUAGAUCAGUCAUCUUGAGAUUAUUAUUUUUUUUAUUUUUUUUUAAUCCAGGUCGCCUUGGUAAAAAGGAAAAUUUUAAAUGUCAAGAGAUGUAUUCGUUUUUUUAUUGGACUCAUAAGGGAUUGCAUUUUCAAACAAACUAAAAUUUACAGUCAAUGAAACGAUUACAAUCGUUGUUUGUCAAUAGAUUUGCUACAACAUGAGCAAAGCAGGCAGAAUCUACCAUGUGGACUGCGAGUGCUGCAAUGGGGGUAUUCCCUACGCCGACUCAUUUUACGUGCUGCUGCGCUACUGUCUGACACGUGUCUCCCCCAUCAAAUGUAGAGUGGUGGUCACCGGCGAGCUCAAAUACAAGAAGCAUGUCAUGGGAAUGUUCAAAGGUGAGUUUUGGUUUUGCUGGGUUUGAUUACUUCAGUGCAUGUAUCCAGAGAUGUCCUCUCUUGGAUUACUUCAGUGCUUGUAUCCAGACAUGUCCUCUUUUGGAUUACUGCAGUGCAUGUAUCCAGUGUAUGCUGUGAGGGAGCCACUCUAUGCAGCUUGAUACCCAACAAGCAAAUGAGGGAGCCUCUCUAUACACUUGAUAUCCAAUUACUAAUAAUUAAAUGAAUGAAUUAAUUUAAUUUAUACUUUUAUAAAUAAAACUGCUUCUGACAGCACUCCCACAGUUCUGUUGGAACUGAGCAAUAAAACUGCUCCUGACAGCACUCCCACAGUUCUGUUGGAACUGAGCAAUAAAACUGCUCCUGACAGCACUCCCACAGUUCUGUUGGAACUGAGCAUUAAAACUGCUCCUGACAGCACUCCAACAGUUCUGUUGGAACUGAGCUCCUGAAGGCACCACCACAGCUCUGUUUGAACUGAGCAAUGAAAGCGCUCCUGACCGCAUACCCACAGUUCUGUUUGAACUGAGAAAAACUGAAGAGUUAACAAGUCUAAGUUCAUGCAUAACUUUUUGACUCCCCAGGUAUGAUUGAGAAGAGUGCAGUGAACGGCCUGACAGACUACUGCAGGCAGCUGUGUAAGUAUCUCAUCAGUGCCUCUUGUUUCUGUCUGGACCAGCUUGACACAAUCUUGGUGUAAACACGUAGGGAUUUGGUAUAUGUUUCUCUUUGUUUAAAAUAAAGCUCAUCGUAAGGAAAUCCUCAACACAUUACAAAUUUACUAUUUUACUCCUCAAUCAUCAUAAAUCGAGAGAUUUAAAAAUUUGAAUUUUUUCCCGUGUUUAGCCGUCCAUCUACGGCGAGAAGCCGAAAGACAGGAGGCCAUUGUUGUGGGCCACCAAACAACCAUCCCCAAGAAAAAGCUUCGAAGGAAGCGAGCCAAACCGCACACCACAGUCUCAGAUUCAGGGAUCACCUCACGGCAGCAGUUUGCUGAAAGGCAGACGUCAACUCCACCAUCUCCAUCUAAAGGUAAAGCAAAAUUAAUUUUAACCAUAAUGCAAGUCUGUUGAUAUUUUAUAAUUAAUUGCAAUUGUUAUAAGAGUGAUAAUUUUAAAUAAAUUUCAGAAUUAAUUGUAAAAUGUAUCCCUGAUUUACAGAUUAAAUCUAUAAGAUAAGAUUCUUUUUUUUAUAUCUAAAUAAAUGGAAAUGUUUUUGAUUGCAUUGUACAUAUUCAUUUUCAGAGCAUAAAUCAAUACAUAUUUUAACCAAAACAUUUUACAGUUAGAACAAUUUAAACACAAGACAUCUAGAGUAUAUCUCUAGUGCAACGAUUAGCCAUAAUAUAACCCCCCACCCCUCAAAAAAAACCACCAAAAAUUGAACUCCCUUAGUGACAAUAAUGACUUAAUUAGUGAUCAUUGAGAUUUAGUAACCAUCAAUUUUUGUAAAGGAUCUAGAGAUAAGUAUGAAGAGUCCGGUAACCAAAGCUGAUAUAAUAUUGUUUUAUUUACACAAAUUGUUUGUGUCUAACUAAUCUAAUGCUUUCACCAACUCCAUUGAAUCAAGUUUGAUCAACUAAUGGUUGAAAUCUCUUCUAUUUCUUCCAGCAAUGUACAGAGAGGAGAAGCUCAUUGAACUGAAUGCCCACACCUUGGUUAGAAUCAUUAUUGUUGUGUGAGUAUUGACUUUUUCUUUCGGGUGGGGGGGGCAAAACUUUAGGGCCUUUUCUCUUGCCUUUGAUUCUUACAUAAACCUAGACAUUCUGUUGUCAGACAGUAGAACUUGGUGUCUUGCGUCAGGUUAUUUGUAUCUUUCUUCUUAUGUAUUACUUCCUUUAUUUGAGUGUCUGAUGCUCGGUUACAAGCAUUAUAAUUUGGGAACCACUGGGCUUCAAUUUUUAAAAAAUGGCUGAAUAGAGGUUCUGACAAGAUGUGGAAAAAAUCUACAGCAUCUGGGAAUCCAAGCAGGGGAAAGGAAAAGCAUCAGUUAGGUCUGAGUGGAAGGAAGUGGUGACGCAGGCCAAAACCCUAAAUGCCCUGUGGCGCAACAGGGAUGGAAGGAGGGUGGUUCACAGAGUUGUGGAUAGAUGCCCUUGCCUUCAAUCCCCCCUGAACCUCCUGCUCUAAAGCCAGUCUUUAUUACAGCUGUACUGUGUUAUUUAUUACAUUAUAGUGGGGUGGGGAGGGGAGUCAAAAGAAGAACUUUGGAAUUUUAAAAAAAAACUAUCUUUGUCAAGGAAGGGAUCACAAAAUGUUUGCUUCGUUCCCCAGACUUGUCCUCCUGCUCUUGUUCAAUGCCGUUCUGUUCUACAAACUGUGGUCUCUGGAGAGCUACGCCAGCUCCCUUUACGGCCACCCAACACAGGAAUCUCUAGAAAACUUAGCGUGAGUGCUUGUUCUGCGUGUACCUUAAUCAAGGAAUAUAUGUGUCGUUGUUAUGAUUUGUUAUACUUAAUUUGGAGAAAACAGGGAUAAAUUUGUUAUAGUUAAUAUGUAGAAAGCCGGGAUAUGUUUGUUAUAGUUCAUCCAGAGAAAGAGAGGGACUACUUUUUUCGGUGGAAGGAAAACUGUAACUAGUUACUUGUUUUCAAUGAUCUUAAGAGCCAGAAACUGUGUUUGAGUGCCGUUCAUAAUCACAAUGCUGGAACUGGUACUCGUAGUUGUAUAAAUUUUAAAACUGUUUUUCCAAGUCCUCUUCUGGGCUAGAAAAAAAUUGUAUUGACCCAUAAAUAAGUUUUUAUCAAAUUUGUUUAGUUCAUUUAAAGAAUUCGUUGAUUUCAAAAAGAUAUCUGAUGAGGAAAUGUGUUGGGGUGGGUUCAUCGGGUCAUUCACUUCCAGUUGGCGGGCAGAUGAACCAACCACAAUGCAUCUCCUGCUGAAUGCCUGACCAUUGCUAUAAUUAGCAUUGUUGUUGGUACUUCAGAUAAAAAAAAAAAAACGAGGAACUGUUCAUGAUUUCUUCUUGUGCUCCCAUUUGAAUAGAUGAUCGAAAUAUCGUGGUUUAUAAAUUUGACAUACUGCAAUAUUGCGCAAUGGGAACAAUAUUAGUAUGACUAUUUUUGUUAAAAGACUCUGCUAAUAUAAAGUGGCAAUAUGUGGCAGUCUCUAAUUUAGACAUACUGCAUAUGGGAAUAAUGUAUGACAAUUUUUGUUAUAACCUAUAUUUCAUGGAUGUAUUUUAUGGCAUUAAGAGGCUCUAUUUGAAGUAAGUCCCGUACAGUUUUCAUGAGGCAUAUCAUGAGGUUAUCUUUUGCCUCAGUUCUCACAGCUAUCAUAUAUAACAGCUCACCUUUGCAUUUAUUCAAGAGUAAAAAAAAAAAGUAUAAAAAAAUGAUCAUAUCCUCUUGUAAUAGAAGACACUUUGUCCUAACAGAAAAUAUCCCCGCACCCAAGAGGAGUGGAGCCAGUUGCUACUGCAACAAAAGAACUUACAUGACAGCGAGAUCAACAAAUGGGAAGAGGUGCUCUCAGCUUCUAUAAACAUUGUUGAGCAGGUCAGUGGCAAUAUACACGGUAGAUAUAUUUUAUGUGAAGCGCAGUGAGCCUCGCCCUAGGCUGGAUUACCGCGGUAUAUUAACUCAUUCCCGACGGUUGCGACUAAAUGCGUCCUUUGGGGGUUUCGACAGAUGCGUCCAAAUGUGUCCCGGCGCAUAGUGACCUCUCUCAUUUCUAUAUAAAAAUAGCAAUAAAAUAUUGCUCCCCUCGAGACUUCUAGCGAUGGGCGCGAUUCAGUGUGAUUUCAAUUUAAAAACCGGAAGUUUUUAUCUUGGUUCACUUUGAAACUAUAUGUGCUUUAGUAUGCCAUGUCUAUAUUUAGCAUGUGUUUGUCCGAGGUGCCGAAAAUCAAUUUUUUGGGUCAUUGUUCAUUGUUUUUUCACCGCUAAUGUUAUAUUUUUAUAAAACCUAAUUCAUUUUUGGUUGCAUUUGUUCUUAAUUCAUUAACAUUAGAUAAUAUUUUGCAGACUAAAUAAAUAUUUUACAAAUGUAAGUCAAUUGCAAAACGGAGUUACCUCUCUCUCUCAGGCAUAUAAAUUAAGUACCGAAGUAGCACUGCCGUCGGGAAUGAGUUAAACCACCUUAAUAAUAAUUUAAUGCACACUAAAUACAGACUGUUUAUCCCUGUUCUCUUGUUUAAAAAGAAGAAAAAAAGGUUUUGCUAUAACUUAGUUUUAAAUGCACCAAAGGGAUUGUUACGAUUAGACACAAUGCAAGAAUUCUGAUGGUUUCUGGUUCAAAUUCUAGCCCCAGCACUCCUACCAAAAUUAUUUGUUUCUGAUUGGCUUGGGAAAUUCAAAUCAAAGGCCAAGCUACAAAAUAACAACUGAAAAGCUUCUAGUGUGGCCUCACAUGAAAGUCCAAGGAACAUUCUGAAGUCAUAUCUGAUGGGAUACCUUAGUUUAGAAACAUGGUAUCAAGUCCAAAUAACAUUCUUAAGUCAUAUCCGCUGUUAAACCUUUGUUAGACCCAUGAUACAAAGUCCAAAUAACAUUCUGAAGUCAGAUCUGCUGUUAAACUUUUGUUAGACGCAUCGUACAAUGAAAAGAUUUUGAUUAUAAGUGAGGAUAAAAAAAAUAAACAUGUAUCUUUGUUUUUGAAAUUAUGGCUAUCAAAGAUAAUGAAACAUUUUAUCUAAUGUUCAAAAUAUAACAUCAAUCAGGCCGUCAUUGUCCAUCUACAGAUGAAGCUGUCCUUUGUGAGCCUCCAGCGAACACUGCGUGCUGGCACACACAAAGAAUCCUCCUGACGUCCUUGUAUUAUAAUAUGCCACAUUGUUCCUUCACACACUCAUUGACCUUAUCCCCAUCAAACAUUGUCUUCACCCCUGUCAAACAUUUACUUCACCCCAUCCAACAUUGACGCCAUCCCCAUCAAACAUUGACUUCACCUUCAUCAAAAACUGGCAUCAUCCCCAUUGAAUACUGACAUAAUCCCUGUCAAACAUUGACAUCAUCCCUAUCAGACAUUGACUUCACCCCCCCCCCAAUCGAACUCUGUGUAAAUCAUCCUUGUGCAUGACAAAAUGACCACAUAAUUUAUUCCAUUCCAAUUUGUUUUAUAAGGUUCACAGUUAAUUCAUUGUUAUAUGAUCAGGGUUGUUGUUUUUUUUUAAACAAACAUGAAAUUUGAUUGUAAACUUUCAUUUUUUUUUUUUUUUUUUUUUGUUUUUGUUUUUUUUUUUUUUUUUUGUUCACGUGCCAUUGAAAACGUUUCUGUUCAGUUAUAGCUGAAUCUAGGCUAGGUAGGACUCCACCUGUUGUUUUUGUCGGGCAGGAUUUGACUAUAACAUUCCACAAUGCAAUGGAGUCGGCAAUUAAAAAAGAGAGAACAAAAAUUUGGAAAGUGCAAAGAAUUUUUAUUUGUAAAGAGUGCUCUGAUAAAGUGUUGACAAUGAAACAAUGAAGUUUGGAGAUCAGAAACUCUGUUCACU